UCCAUCUCUGUGAUUAUGCGUGCCUUGCACGCAACCACGUGUAUUGCGCCGCAAUAGUGGAUACUUUGUGCUUUUUGGUAUGGCGUUUAUAAACCUCUUCCGUGUAGUGACAGUCGAAUUUAACGAAGAAUGAAAAUUUAGAGCUACAAAUUUGACUUGGUUUGCUUUCACGAAAUUAUCUUUUGAUUCGCCAAAGGUACAGUUUGUGUCUGUGUUUAUAUGCUUGAGAACAUAUUGAAUACGACAAGCAUAAUUCUGCAUUCUAUCCCACUGAGUAAUAACAUUUAGCAACAUCUUUGGGCCGGCAUCAUCUCAGAACGUAAAUUCUUAAACGAUUUGAUUCGAGUCCCCAGUUCGUCUAAUACAAGAUAUUUACCACUAUUUAUUCGCGAACAUUAAUUGACAGAGUCAGAUUGGCCUAUUUCAAAAGAUGAAGGAUCCCGAUGCGGGUUUCAUUGCGUUUCACGUGAUGAUACUUUGGGCAACGGUUAUUUUGGUCAGUGGAUAUCAACUGAAUCCACGUCAACAAAUCAUGUACGCCGCGGAAAAUCGCGCACUGCUGGGGUUUGCGUACGCACGUAAAUCUGUACACUCUCGUGCUAUCUGCGGAUGGGACUGCAGCAGAGAUGAGCGAUGCAAGUCUUUUAACUUAAACGACUGCAACAAAAUGUGCGAGUUGAACCUUGCCACAAGACGAGAGCAUCCUGGAAACUUCACUGCAAUUCCUGGGAGUGUGUACUUUGAUGCAGACGAGGACACACCUCUCUCCUCGCUGACCGGUAUCUCCCUAAAUCGCUACAGAAGCUGCAAGAUGCUCUUGGAUGCAGGCCAUCGUUCUAGCGGUAUCUACACCAUCUAUGCAGAUGCUGGUUGUAGCCUCCGUGUCUACUGUGACAUGGAAACUGAUGGCGGCGGUUGGAUCGUGUUCCAAAGGCGACAAGACGGCAGCGUGGACUUCUACCGUAACUGGACCGAAUACCAGUCUGGCUUUGGCGAUCUGUCCGGUGAGUUCUGGUUGGGCAAUGACAACUUGGUAACUCUGACAUCUGAUGCUUCAGGAGGGACAUGGGAGAUACGAGUUGAUUUAGGGAACCUGGUGGGUAACACAGCUUGGGCAAAGUACUCAGAUUUCCAAAUAUCCCCUGGUGAGUACAAUCUGAAUAUUGGCCAAUACGAUGACAACAGCACUGCCGGUAAUGCUCUUAAAUAUCACAAUGGCUGUUCGUUUUCAACAAAGGAUCGUGACACUGAUUCAUGUGGCAGUUGUAAUCAUGCACAAUCUUGCUCCGGAGCCUGGUGGUUUAAAAAUUGCUGUGACUCUCAUUUAAAUGGUCCAUAUUACACCAAUGGGUACACAUCAAUUUGGUGUAAAGCCGUGUAUUGGUGGCACUGGAAGAAAACGUCUUAUUAUUCUCUUAAAACAUGUAGCAUGAAAAUGCGUGAAACAGCCCGUAAACAAUAUUGACUUUUCUUAUUAUGUAGAUCUAUAUGAAGCACGGAAUGCUAUUUUUAAGCAUCACUCGUUCGUUAUCGGUAAAAAGGAUAAUUGGAUUUAUAAUGCUCCCAAUUUUCAUGUGUGCAUUUAUUAGAAAUGUUGGUUUUAAUCAUCCUUCUGUAAGUUUGACUGCGAUGAAAUUGUAAAAUAGAAUACGGAGAAAACAUGAUAACGUCACAAGCUUACAACUAAAUAUUUCAACAUAAAAUCUAUUACGGAAAAGAAAAAUAACAUUUGGUUCGACCAAAUCAUGCACUAAACCAUGCAAACGUUUUGCACAGAGUUGUCGAAUGAAAGCAAAGAAUAAAUAACCUUUCCUCUCGUUAAGCGGUGAUUGGAAUAAAUCACAUGGCGGGAUACUCCAUACAUUUAAUAACAGGCUAUCGCCCGCUUGGAGAUUAAGUUGGCCGCUUUUGCUUUUCUUUUAAAACAGUUUCUAAACUGGUACUUUUGGGUUUAAAUAAAAGACAGUUUACGGUCUAUCUCACCUAAAAUGUAACGGUAAGCAAGCACGUGUAUAAGUAAUUGCUUUUUACUAACGUUAAAAUCCAAUUACCGUUACCUUUUCUUUUGAUUUUGAUAGGUAUAUAGCACAUGUAUUGAAAUAUUAUUUACUCAAAGUUUACUAAAUUAAUGGAGAAAUAAUUGAGCUGUUUUUAAUUACUGUGAAUCAACUGUUCAUGACUCUGUCUUUCCGAGCUUGUAUACAUUUUAGUAUUACUUUAUGUUUCAGUUUCUUUAAAAUGUAGCCGUGGAUGCAAAUCAAGAAAAAAUGAGUUUAUCAUAACAUUGAAUCACCCAUUUGGUGCUAUAUUAAAUCUUCACAGGCUUCAUGUAUUAAACUGAUGAUUUUAAGAUGCAUUCUUGCUGUUUAUAAACACAUUAAAAGACACGGACGGGAAGCAUCAAGGGAAAUAUUUGAAUGUUAAUGGGUUACAAUUAUGCGUCAUUCGCUCUUGUGUUUGUACAUUGCAAGAAAACUUGUUCCAAUGAUCGAUGACGUUGAAUAAAC